AUGACGGAGAAGGUGCGUGUUGCGGCCCGCAUUCGGCCGUUGCCAACUGCCGGUAGUGUGCUUGCCGUUGCGCCGCUCGACGAGAGAAGAGUCUGCGUUUCUAAUCGCCGUGUCUACCACGUGGACCGUGUGUACGGCCGCCAUGACUCAACUGAGUUGAUCUUCUUUGAAAGUGUUGUGGCGCUCGUGGAUCGAUUUCUUGCUGGCUACAACGCGACGGUCCUCGCCUAUGGGCAGACGGGCACGGGGAAGACAUAUACAAUGGACGGCCUUACCCCGCUUGUGGUGCGGUACAUCGUGGAGAACAUGUCAAACUCCACUUCAAAACUUAGUUUUCAGUGUAUUGAGGUCUACGGUGAGACGCUGCGUGAUCUCCUUACAGACGACCCCGUUGGCUCGACGAAACAUCUGCAGCUGCAUGAGAGCGACGGCAGCGGCAGCGGCGGUGGCGGUGGCGGGGUAGUGGUGGUUGGCGCCGCUCGUGUGAAGGCCCGCAGCAUAGCGGAGGUUCAGGACAUCAUCAACCAUGGCGCCCGCAUGCGUACGACGGGCGCGACGAAUAUGAGUGAGCACUCAUCGCGUAGCCAUAGCAUUUUUACGAUCUUUAAUCAUGAGCGGCAGUCCAAAUUGAAUCUUGUUGACUUGGCCGGGUCGGAGCGGAACAAAAAGACACAAAACGUGGGUCAGCGCUUCCGUGAGAGCAUUGCCAUCAACGGCGGUUUGUUGGCUCUUGGGAACGUUAUUCGGGCGCUUAGUCGAAAUCAUUUCCAGUCCCCUGAAAGCCCUCGUCAUGUGCCGUACCGCAGCAGUAAACUGACACGUCUUUUACGGGAUUCACUUGGUGGGAACAGCACGACACUCCUCAUUGCCUGCGUCGCCUCGGAUGCGUCAAACAGCGACGAGACGACGCGUACGUUACAGUACGCUGCCUUUGCCAUGCAUAUCCUAAACGAGCCAUUGCCGCAGUUUGAUGAUCAGGCGGCAGCGGCGGAAGUUGUGAGAAACGCGGACGCCGGCCACGACCAGGAAUCCUUGGCGAGGAAGAAUGCCGAUGAUAUUUCCUCAGAAGCCGCAGCGGAGGUGGGGCGACUGCGGCAACGAGUUGCGGGGCUUGAGGAACAGGUGCAACGGUGCCGCGACGAGCUUAAGAAUGAUGAGGCGGUCUUUGCGCAGCAGAUCAAAGACAUGCGAUUACUGCUGGAGGAAAAUGAGUCACUGAGGAGACGGGUAGCAUUUCUUGAGGGUCGUCCUACCGCCACACCGCGAUCAACGCCAGAUAUGAGGCAGGCUAACUGGCAAAAACAACAAAAACACCAAGAGCAGCAGCAGCAGCAACAGCAGUGGAAUUCAGUGCCGAUUCCGCCCAAUGUGAACUACGUCCAGGACACUCUGCAGCUUUACGGCAUAAUUCCCCGACAGAAUGACCAAAGUUUCUUCUCACAUCCUUCGUCCCAACCGCGUCCCGCUGUUUGGGGAGAAGAAAGGGCAGUGCAAAACCACGAGAGACACCCACCAAGCGACUCUUUGAAGAGGCCCAUUAUUGCGGCAAGAUGGGGUGGGGCUGCUGCAGCGGUGAAUGCGGCGGGCGAAUGCACUCACGUCAACAAAAUUGAGGGUGGCUGGGGCGAUGGCGGUCAGCAGUUGACGGCGAGGGAGGAACAACUUGGCUUAUUGGCGAAGGAGGCACUUUACUAUCAAAACAGUAAUAGUGAGUUACGCCGCCGCCUUCGCACGGUGCUUGCGAUGUAUGAGGCACAGCAGCACGAGGCGGCCAUGUUACGUUUAGAAGUGAAGCAGAUUCACGACUUACUCGAUGGACCACCUCACUCUUAG